AUGGAGGCAACGAACCUGGCGAUCUCACCGCGAGAGACCAUCAAACCAAGAACCGAACACAAGGCCCUACAGUUAAAUAGUAAACCUAACCAAGUUGGCACCGUUCUAUUGUAUGGCGUUCCCAUCGUGUCCCUGGUCAUCGAAGGCGUAGAGCGUCUGUGCCUCGCGCAAAUAUCGAACACGCUACUCAAACAGUUCUCGUACAACGAGAUUCACAACCGGCGAGUAGCUCUGGGCAUCACGUGCGUACAAUGUACUCCAGUACAGCUCGAGAUACUGAGGAGAGCUGGAGCGAUGCCAGUAUCUUCUAGACGAUGCGGUAUGAUCACGAGGCGGGAAGCGGAAAGGCUUUGCAAGUCGUUCCUCGGUGACAACGCGCCGCCGCGUCUGCCCGAUGAUUUCGCCUUUGCGGUACAUCAUGAGUGUGCGUGGGGCUGUCGCGGGGCCUUCUUACCUGCUAGGUACAACUCGUCUCGAGCGAAAUGCAUAAAAUGCGCGUACUGCGGCCUCUUCUUCUCUCCAAACAAGUUCAUCUUCCACUCGCACCGCGUCGGCCCCGGAGACAAGUACGUGCAGCCUGAUGCUGCCAAUUUCAACUCUUGGAGACGGCAUAUGAAGUUGAGCGGCAGCCCGCCUGAUGAAGUGGUUCAUGCGUGGGAAGAUGUCAAAGCCAUGUUCAACGGGGGAACGAGAAAGCGAAUGCUCUCGGCUGCUAGAAGAAUGCCGCUUCGCAGGCCGGAGCCGGAAGGCGCGACUGAGGCGAAAAGGCCCGCUGUCAGUCCUCCGAGUGCGCACGCGCCCGUCCCCAGACUGGCUGACUACGUGUGGGGCGCUCGACUGCCGCUGCCGUACGCUAUACCUUGGUUGAAGCCGACAUUGUGGGCGCCAGGUGCUCUAACAGCGCUAGGCAGCGUAGGCUCAAUAGAGGAGCCGCGAGCCUUCCGACCCGUCCGGGGACAUCGACUGGAUUCCCCACAACUAUCACCCAUGUCCCCGCCACGAUCGCCAAACAGAUCGCCAAUUCCUUCUCCUCGUCGGAGCCGGUCGCCCGCCCGCUCUCCGCUCCGCUCGCCAAUCCGCUCGCCGCCCCGCUCGUCGCCUGCACGCUCUACCAAGAGCGACCGCGACAGCGAUGAAAGUGUCGACAUUGAGACCACGGAGGAAGACCAGCCUAGAGGUGUGAGUUGCACAUGGCCCUGUCGGAGUGCGCCGACUCCUCGGCCCGACGACUCCUGUUGGACAGCGCUGGUGCCCAAGGUGGAGCGAGAAGACGAGGCGCGCGUGGAGCCCUGGCGCCUCCCGGACCUCAGGCCGGCACGGCACUACAUGCAUGAUCGUGAGGUUGACAGCUGCGCAGCAUGCGUCGCACCUUUGCCAUUGCUGCCCCCGCCAGCACCGGCGCCUCAUUAG